UCUCUUUUUUUUUUUUUUUUCUUUUUUUCUCUUUUCUUAUUGUUUCAUGAUGCAAAGGUCUCGCUCUGGGGGCGCCUACCCCUUCAACCCCAUGGCGCCCGCUCCAGCAGCAGCAACAACGACAACAACAACAUCAUCAUCAUCAUCAGGACCAGGAUCAGUAUCAGGAUCGCGGUACUCGAACGCACCGAGGUCGCAGUCUGCCGCAGCAACAGCCGCCGCGCUCGCAGCCAGCAACACAAUGCAGGCACCUGCGCCGACGUCGAUCGAAAUCCCGCUGCGUGGCUCGAACGAAGUCCUCGAAAUUGAGUUUGCAGAGCUGCCCGACCUCGGCGAUCUGCUCGGCAUCCUCAAGCAGGAGAAGGCGCGACUCCGCAUCUGGCUCGUACUCGCUAUUCAAUAUUACAACCAAAAGAUGCCCGAGGCGUGCAGCCAGCUCUUGACAGCGGCAUCCGAUGCAGCCUCCACGGAACCAGAGUACGCAGAUGCAAUUCAAGACCGCCUGUCCAUUCUCAAUGCGCUCGGCGCGUUUUACUUGCAGCAGGCCGUGGAAGAACGCGACCGGGAGACACGCGAAGCACUCCUCCAGAAGGCCACCUCGCAGUUCAACCGCGCCGACACGCUGGAUGUGCACGGCACUUUGAAUAUGGUGGGCAAGGGCAUGCUCUUCCUGUUGCGCAACAACUAUGAGCGUGCCGCCACCCAGUUCCGCUACGUUACAGCCCAAAACCCCGCACACAUUCCCGCGCUCAUGGGCCAAGCGUGCGCUGCGUACAACCUCAAGCAGUUCAAGGAAGCACUCGGACUGUACCGCCGGGUACUGCGCAUCAACCCCACGGGCUCGGCGGCCAUUGUCCGCUACGGUAUUGGCGUGUGUCUCUUCAAGCUGAAAGACUUGGAACGCGCGCAGCUCGCCUUCAAGCGCGUGCUCGAGCUCGUCCCAGACCAUCUCGAAGCUUGCGUUGCUCUUGCGACCAUCGAGUUCAACACUGGCGUCGACAAGGAGGCCAGCGCCACCGAGAUGCUGACGGGCCGCUCUGCCGCCACUGUUGCCAACCUCGCGCCUGCCCAAAUCUCAGAGCAAGCCUCGAUUUUGCAGCAAGCCGCGGUGGCGUCCGUCACCUCUGGCAUGCAACUGCUCCAGCAAGCGUACAAGAUCAGCUCGGAAGAAAAUCGCGACAACGCCAUGCUGCUGAAUCACCUCUCCAACUACUUUUUCUCGUACCGCGAGCUCGACAAGUCUGCCAACCUCGCGCUCUCUGCCCUGCAUCGCUCAGAUGUAGACGAAAUCAAGGCAAUCAGCUGCUACUUGAUUGGCCGCAAGCACCACGCCGCUGAAGACUACGACCAGGCCUUCCAAUUCUACUACCAAGCGAAUCGUUUGUGGGACUCGUUCGCGCUGCCCCAGUUCGGACUUGGGCAACUGUAUAUCAAGAAGGGCGAUAUUGCCAAAGCCGCCGAAUAUCUCGAAAAAGUCUUGGUCAAAUUCCCCGACAACUACGAAGCCAGCAAGAUUUUGGGCUCGCUGUACGUGACCAGUCAGUACUCGAACAAGCGCCAGCGUGCUCAGCAGCUGUUGCACAAGAUUACCGUUGCCCAACCCAAGGACGUUGAAGCCUGGAUUGAGCUGGCUCAACUUCAAGAGCAAACGGACUUUGCUGCUGCUUUGGAAGCAUACGAGACUGCCGCGCGACUGCUGUUGGAAGCUGAUAUUAAGAUUGCACCGGAGAUUCUCAACAAUAUCGCCACGCUGCGUCACAAGCUCGGCCAAUUGGACAAGGCGCAAGACAUGAAUGCGGCUGCGGCUGCGGAUGUGGACCAACAGAUCCGCGACGAGGAGCAGAACGAGAUGGUUGAUGCACAGAACUUGCGCUCCCUGAACGGGCUCAAGGUCACCAUUCGCUAUAACCGUGCCCGUCUGUUGGAGGACAUGAAUAAUCCCGCAGACGCGGAAGUUAUCUACCGUGAAUUGAUUCAAGAGCAUCCGACGUUGAUUGAUUGUUACCUUCGACUCGCCGCCAUCGCCAAAAAUCAAGGCCGCAUCGCGGCGGCGGCCGAAUGGGUUCGCGAAGUCUUUGCCAUUCAGCCCCACAACCCCGAUGCUUGGUGCUUUGUCGGCAACAUGCAUCUCUCGCGCUACGAGUGGAAUCUGGCCCAGAACAAGUUUGAGAUGCUUUUGAAAAACAAUGGCAAGACAAACAAGGUCGAUCCCUAUCCUCUAAUUGCACUCGGCAACAUUUUCCAGCAGUCGGCUCAGCCUGUUAGCGUUCCGAAAGCCCAGAUGGACAAGAGCUACGUUCGUGCUGCAGAGUUCUUCACCAAGGCUCUGCAGGAGGAUUCCCGCAACAUUUACGCAGCAAAUGGCCUCGCUUGUGUCAUGGCGGAAAACGGCUUCGUCAAGGAGGCCGAGGAUGUCUUUUUGAAGGUGCGCGAGACUACCAGCGAGUCUGCGGACGUCUGGACGAAUCUCGGCCAUCUGUACUCUUCAUAUGACUACACUCGCUCUGUCAAGAUGUACACCAACUGCCUCCGCAAGUUCCAUAACGACAAAGAUCUUGAUGUGCUCAUGCAUUUGGCGCGCGUCCAUUACCAAUUCAAAAAGUUUGACGCCUGCAAGUCGGUGCUGCAGCAGGCAUUCCAUCUUCAUCCGCACGAAACGGUCAUCCGAUACCAUCUUGCGUUGUGCGAGGAGGCGUUCGCCGAGCACACCUUUGCUCAAGAAACGCUCCACCCUCGCGAUGUCACGCACGCCAUCGCUUCGUUGCAAGUCGCUCACAAGAUCUAUGAUAACCUUUCCAAAUAUCCCAAAUCUAGUCGGCUCGGAUUUACACCCGCGCGGGCUGCACAGUCUGCGAGCCGCGUUGCCGACAUGCUCGCACAGUCUGCGCAGGUCAUGCGACGUGCCGAAGCGCAGGAGGCAGAGCGCCAGCGAAAGGCACAGGAGCACGAGGUUUUGCGCAAGAACUUGAUGGAGCGCAAGGCUGCGGACGAGGCCGUCCGGCAGUCCAAGAUUGCAGAGGAGCACGCUCGCUUGGCCUUGAUUGCCGAGACACACCGCAAGCGUGCAGACGAGGCCUUUGCCGAGUUUCAAGCGAACGCUUCCGCCGCCGCCGCUGCCGCUGCGUCCAAAAAGUCGAGCAGAGGUCGCAAGGCCGACACAGCGAUGGACGAUUUUGUGGACGAUGAGGAGGACUCGCGCCCCAAGAAGGGUCGUCGCAGCAAGGACUCUGGCUCCUCUGACGAGUCUGAGGAGGACGCUGCAUCGACUCCCAGCAGUAGCCAGGGAGAGGACGGUGGCGAUGGCGAGACUGCUCCCAAAGCCAGCAAGGAGGAGCGAAAACGGCGUCGCGAAGCGCGCAAGAAGGAGAAGCGAAGCCGCGACAAGGCCGACAAAAAGAGCCGGCAGAAACGGCGACGCGAUGACGGAUCAUUGGAAGCUGAACCUCGGAAGGCUGCGCGCGAAGCCGAUUCGUCGGACGAAGACAAAGGAAAGUCGUCGUCGUCGUCGUCGCGUGUGCCCAAGCGCGUCUUCAAGUCGAAAGAGCUCAUCUCCGACUCGGAUGAUGACCAACCUUCUUCCUCCGUCUUCCGCCGCGACGAGGACGACGAUCAAGACGAUGAUGCCAACACGGCUGCGGCGCCUGCUUCGACCGCGACCUUCACGACCAAGGCACGGCGCGCAGUCGAGUCGGACGAUGAAUGAUUUGCAUGUUUUGAUUGGCCUCCCCGUUGGGUGGUGCAGUGAUGACUAUGUGGUCGAAUGCGAUCGUUUUCAGUUUUCCU